CACACACACACACAGAGCAACUCCACCUCCAUAACACAGAGAGCAUGCCUGAAUGUCCAGAGAAAGGGAGAGAUUUGAUGAGAUAGGCAAGAAGAUUAAGAGAGAGUCAGAUGCUGCCAGUACUCAAAAUAUGGGAAGAAGACAUAUGCUGGGUCCUCCCGGAACCCUAAAUACCAUUACACCAUGCGCGGCCUGUAAACUCCUCAGACGAAGGUGUGCACAGGAAUGUUUUUGCCCCUUUUCUCCAUAUUUCUCUCCUCACGAACCGCAGAAGUUUGCUUCUGUCCAUAGGGUCUUCGGGGCCAGCAACGUGUCAAAGAUGUUAAUGGAGGUGCCGGAGGGUCAAAGAGCAGACGCUGCUAAUAGUCUUGUUUAUGAAGCGAACGUGAGGCUAAGAGAUCCAGUCUACGGAUGCAUGGGUGCAAUUUCUGCUUUGCAACAACAAGUUCAAUCUUUACAGGCUGAGCUCAAUGCAGUAAGGACUGAGAUACUUAAAUACAAGUAUAGAGAAGCUAAUGUUCUUCCUUCUUCUCACAUGGCUUUGCUCUCUUCUUCUGGGGUCGCGGUUUCGAUUGCUGCUCCGCCACCAGCCCCACCGCCGCCCCCACCACUGCCACCCACAGUACAAUCUCUUCCUCUUACUUCCUCCUCUUCUUCUAUGUACACCCAACCAAUUACCACCGUCGCAGAUUUUAACACCAUUUCAAGUGAAAAUGUGUCCUAUUUUGGCUAAUUUUUAUAAAUUUCUAGAGUACCAAAGGGCCGGAGAA